GAAAACGCUAAGUAACGUGUGUCUAUAUAAGUUCACUGGCAGCAGCAGAUGUAUAUAAUUCUCUUUCUCCUGGUGAAGUCUUGAUGGCUGCUGUGCCGAGAUCAAGCUGGAGCAAGAAUGAGAGAAACCUUCCUUUCUCACUCUAGCUCUCGCCACAGCAGCCAGCAAGACCUCCAGAAAAACAACAGAGAAUUAUAUAGACCUCCUACGAAAGAAAAUUAUAUGGACUUCCCGCGAAAGAGAAUUAUAUAAACCUCCUGUCGCUACUGGUAAUGAGUACAAAAUAAUGAAUGUACUCGAACCGAAGUCUGACCAGCUGUCAAGUGUCAACACUACACGGGCACGUGAGGCAGAGCGGCAGUAGCAGCAGGCACUCUGAGCAUGGACGGGACAGGCCACGGUAAUCCUGAGCGAGGAUGGAAUGACCCUCCAAAACUUGCAUUCUGCCCUACUCGUACUGGAAAUGCUUCAGGGCCUGGACGGCACCGCCUCCUCAAUAAGCGGGUGCCAAUCCCAGUCAACCCUCAGGCCAGCAGUGCACCAUCAACAAUGCCUCCAUCCCUUAAAGCAAGUGAUGGACCUCCAGUAAAGGGCAGCCUUCCCCUGCAUCCCCCACCACUCACUCCUUGUCCCCAACCUCCUUCUGCCUACUCCAUGCCUAGUGCUGCUCCUACUCCACCCAGUACUGGAGGUGUAGAGGACACUCAAGCAACACGGGAACUGCUGGAGCAAGUGCACACAGGUCUCUCUAACUCUCUCGAGGCUGUCUCGGGUAAACUGAAGGAGAGCACCCAGGAGGAGAUCAGGAAGAGGAUGGAAGUGAUGGUGGACAUGUGGCAGAAGGAUCAGCUCACCCUGGAGGUUCAAAAGCGCAUGAUGGCACUCAUUCAAGCUCUCUCGGAACAUGAUUAUGACAAGGCUUGGUCAGUACAUCAGUCACUUAUUGUUGAUUACACCACCACAUGUUCUCCUUGGAUGGUGGGCAUCAAGACUCUUAUAGCUGAGUCACGGGGCCAUUCUCAAGCCACUCUAGAGCAAGAUAAAGACACAGAUGAAAGCAAGAAGAAAUUGGAAACAGAAGGUGAUGCAGUUCCAGCCAGUGAUGAAGGAGAGGGUUCUGUUAGUGAUGUAUCCUCUGUAAAGUGAUACUUGAGAAGCAAGCUGGAGGAAAUACAAUGUAAAGUUGUUGGCCAGGAAUUUCCAAACUGCUCAUAGAGGAAGCACACAAAGGUCAAGGAACAAGAUAGGGAAGUAAGUUUAGUGGCUCUUUGUGUGAUGUAUUGGUUCAUUGCUAGAUGUGUGGUGGUGGUGGUUUAGCUUUGUUUGGUUGCAUGUCUCCUUUAUUUGACAGUAUUUAUGCACUUGAUAUUAUUUGGGUUUUGUAUUACUAUUUUUACAAAUCUAUUAUUCAAAAGUUUUUAUGUUCGCCAAACUAUUAAUCAGAUGUACCUGAAAUUUGCUUUCCAAUUCCAUCACAAUAAAGGCAAUUGUUACAAAGAAAGGUAUGUGCUCAAUAGGACUAAAUGUUUACAGUUACAGUUAUCAAAUCAACCACUAUGAAAUGGUGUAGAAAUAAACACUACAUAGAUUCUCAUGGUUUUCCAAAGUAGGAGAAGAAAGAUUUGUACAUGGAAAUUACUUCUAAUAGAAAGACAAAUGGGAUUAUGAUCAACUGCCAUGUAUUUCAAGUGAUAUCUAUAGUUAAACUGCUCAUGAAUAUUGGCAUGUUUUCUGCCAUAAGUGCAAAUAAUUAGGAUGGAUGAUUUACAAAAUUGAAGAUAAAACCAGUCUCAUCUCUCAAAACAUACAAUGCUGACAUUCCAUAUCAUGACUAUUCACUUUGAAGGGCAAGAGAAGUAGAAAGAUGAUGACUCACUUGGAACACUGUUGAUUCUGGCAUGCUAGCAGAUGGUUUCACUGCAUAUCUUGUCAUAUCAAGAAAUAAGUCAGUACAAUACAUAUGCACUAUAUAUGUUUUAUAAUCGUACAUAGUGAUAAUUACUGAUAAGUUUUCACAUGUGUGAGGUUGCAAAAUGACAAUGAUUUUUUUGGGGUAUUUCUAAUUUUCCCAUAAACUGUGUAAUUCCCUCCAUAUUGUGCAAUAUUACAAAUUUAUUUUGAAAAGCAAAAAGCAGCCUGUUCCUUCAGAAAGUGGAGGUUGAAAUGCUUUGAUUUACUCAUGAUUCACAUGUAUAUUUUGUUUAUUAUUGCAUAGAUCCUGUGUGGAGUAGCUAACUCAGAUAGCCAGAAAUGCUCCUUGUUUGAAACUUGCAAUAGUUACCAUAUUUUAUGCCUUAUAAGAUGCCUGAAUGUAACUGUGUAUUAAAUACACGUGGUUGAUAAAUAGUGAUGAUGCUGUUGUAGUAUUAGCAUGGUAUGGGGAGAAUACUGCAUGAACAGUAGGGUGGCUCAUUUCACUGACCAGUCUUUCAUAUGACUCAUUUUCUAAUCACUCUGGCAUCUUUGUAUGAAAUAAGCCAUGAUGUAGAUUAAUAUAGAGAAUUAAGUAGUCCUAUCUGCUUUAAUACCCUCGAGAGGGUAGCCACAGUACUUCAGGAAAGUCUCAAAGAGCACAUGUCCUUGUACUGCAUCCAUGCAUAUUCAUUUCCCUUUCCCACCUUUCACGUCACUUUCAAUCAUAUACCCCUAAUAACUAAAUCUCUUCUGUUUUACACCUGCAUAUCUUUCAUGUGAUAUCUUUCACACCUUUUCUCCCCGGGUAACCAAAUCAUCUCAGGGUCAUGCAUUUCAUCACUCAUUUUUCUCUCUUGAUAACAUAGCAUUCAUCCCCAUUGACAUGUUUCACCAAUUCAGGUCACACCAAAUAUUUAGCAAUCUUGCCAAAUAUCAUUACACAACUACCUGUCAAACAUGUGACUGCACAAUCAUCCAAGCCUGCAGCUUUUCCAAUUUCCCCAAACCAUUCUUUUUGUUUCACCACUUUUAAGUGUACCCAGUCACCUUUCCAAUAUUAUGCUCUCAAGAUCAUUCUUAUUACUUUGUUGCUGUUGCCAUUUCCUUUGGAAAUUGCCUGAGCAUCAUGUCUUCUUUCUCAUCUGGUAUGUGCUCUUAUAUGUCAGGUCUCACAUCAGUUUUAGCAAUCAAGUAUGAUUAGGCAUUUAAUUAAAGAAACUAUUUCUAAUUAAAGCUUUUGAUUUUCAAGACAUUAGGAUAAGAAAAUAAAGAUAAUAACUUAAUAGUUCAAUCUUUUGUAUUGCCAUUGGCUUUAUUUUUUAUAACUUAUGGAAAAUAUGUACAUAAUGAUGGCAUUCAUAAACCCUUAAUAGAGUCUGCACCUCUUA